AUGGUGACAAAAUGUGGAACAAGAACCCGAGCCCAGCACAUUGUACCCUGUACCAUAUCUCAGCUGCUUUCUGCCACUCUGGUUGAUGAAGUGUUCAGAACUGGAAGUGUUGAGAUAUCACAGGUCACUAUUGUGGGGAUAACCAGACAUGCUGAGAAGGCUCCAACCAACAUUGUUUACAAAAUAGAUGACAUGACAGCUGCACCCAUGGAUGUUCGCCAGUGGGUUGACACAGAUGAUGCCAGUGGUGAAAACACUGUGGUUCCUCCAGAAACGUAUGUGAAAGUGACUGGCCAUCUGAGAUCUUUUCAGAACAAAAAAAGCCUGGUGGCCUUUAAGAUCAUGCCCUUGGAGGAGAUGAAUGAGUUCACCGCACAUAUUCUGGAAGUAGUGAAUGAACACAUGAUGCUGACCAAAGCUAACAGCUAGCCCUCAGCCGGGAGAGCGCCUAUCAGCAAUCCCGGAAUGAGUGAAGCAGGGAGCUUUGGUGGGAAUAGCCUCAUACCGGCAAAUGGCCUCACUGUGGCCCAAAACCAGGUGCUGAAUUUGAUUAAGGCUUGCCCAAGACCUGAAGGGUUGAACUUUCACGACCUCAAGAAUCAGCUUCAACACAUGCCUAUAGCCUCAAUCAAGCAAGCUGUGGAUUUUUUAAGCAACGAGGGACACAUCUAUUCCACUGUGGAUGAUGAUCAUUUUAAAUCCACAGAUGCAGAAUAACUGGAUCUAAUUGGUACCCAACAUAUUUUCCAGCAGGACCUAUUUUCUCAGUCUGUUG